UCUCCGUUUGCCGCUACAGCUACAGCCCAGCAGCAGCAGCAGCAGCUCACCUACAACAGCUGAAGAAACUGAAGGCAGGUGGCUGCACGCUGUGCAAACUCCACGCUCGGAUAGCAUCUCUUCUCUCCGCAAAUGCAGGCCAUCAAAUGCGUAGUCGUGGGCGAUGGUGCGGUGGGUAAGACAUGUCUGCUCAUCAGCUACACCACCAAUGCCUUCCCUGGAGAGUACAUCCCCACAGUCUUUGACAACUACUCAGCAAACGUGAUGGUGGAUGGUAAACCAGUAAACCUGGGCCUUUGGGAUACAGCUGGGCAGGAGGACUAUGACAGGCUCCGCCCCCUGUCCUACCCUCAGACGGAUGUGUUCCUGAUCUGCUUCUCUCUGGUGAGCCCGGCCUCCUUUGAGAACGUCCGAGCCAAGUGGUAUCCGGAGGUUCGUCACCACUGCCCUAAUACACCCAUCAUCUUGGUGGGCACCAAGCUGGACCUGAGGGACGACAAGGACACGAUUGAAAGGCUGAGAGACAAAAAGCUGUCUCCCAUCACCUACCCACAGGGUCUGGCCAUGGCCAGAGAGAUAGGUGCAGUCAAGUACCUGGAGUGCUCUGCUCUGACUCAGCGAGGGCUGAAGACAGUCUUUGAUGAGGCCAUCCGAGCUGUCCUUUGCCCUCCGCCCAUCAAAAAGAGAGGCAAGAAGUGCACAGUGUUCUGAGGAAGAGGAGCUAGAAGAUGAGGCCACCAGGAUGUGAUUACUUAUGAACGGGGUACUGCCAAGUGGGAACUGCUUUGAAACACAACAGCAAUGUACCAUCUGCACAGAAGGAGUUUAUCUUAACUGGUCAGAAGCUGGCUGUGGAUUUCAGCUGGUGUGUUAAAGAUGGCAUAUUUAAGCCUAAUGUUUGGGUACAAAGAUGAAUUUUGUGUGAUGUACAGUAUGCCUUAAAACAAUUCUUAUGAGUCUGACUCUUAGAUAUUAGGACUAGGAUGAGAAAAGUUUACUCAUUUCCAGGAUAUGCAAAAAUAUUUUGCACUCUCCUGUUCAACCUUGACAACCUGUAAUUAAAAACACACGAGUUGAACAAAACAAGGAAACAGACCAAAUGUAUAUUCUCCUUUUGCACACCAUGUAUCGUUGUUUUUUUAAUGCAAGCUUCUUUUGAUAGGUUUUGUGGAGAUGACUUUAUUUUGCAAUAUUUCUUUAAAUACGAGCACAGUUUAAAUAAGUGUAAACAUGUGAUUAGCUCCCUGUAUGUUCAGCACUAUAGAACAGGGUCACUGUCUCCAGAUGAUGAUGAUGAUGAUGAUCCAGACUGUAAGGCCACCUAAACGUUUAGAAUUUCUUAUCAAACCUGGCUCUCAAAUUUGUUUGCCCAAGUUUUGUACUUUAGAGAAAUCAAUUGAUUUUCUUACUAUGCUGCGUAAGAACUGGCUUUGAAUUUCUCAUUUAUCAUACAUUUAUAAACAUUUGAUAUUUAAUAUAAUACCAGUUGCUCAGCUUUGUGAAUAUAUUGAAAUUUAGUGUUAAGUUGUUAGUGCUGUAUGCUGCUAACCUGACACACCAGAUGCUUUGUUACACAGAACCAUCUGAGAAGUUGUCCUUGGAAACUGUUUGGAAAAGGGCAAAAAAUACUUGGCAGG